UGGUAAAUUCUACAUUUACUUUUAAUAUUUUAACCCUUAUUGUUUACUAAUUUGAACAAUAUUGUAGUGCAAACUUCAUUAACUUCUUCUCUUGGUUCUUACGUUAUCAAAUUACUUGACGCAUUGUCUCAGUAAUAAGCGCUUUUCUCUGUACAUAAUGUCAGUAUACGUUCUGUGGGUGUUGUGCGUUCCAGCUUAUGGAAUAAAGAUGGCAUCAGUGAAGAAUGGAGAUCCCAGCUUUCAUAAGACUGAUCUCAUGCCUCUUAAAAUUAGCAGACAUUACAAUUGUUUACCAUCGGACUCCGUGUGCGUGCUAAAGUGUUCAGCAUCCAGAGUUCAAGAAGCUAAUCUAACCUGGUUUAAAGAAAAUCAAGUAUGUUCCCAAGUCAGCGUUGUUAAUCGUGACCCCAACCCCUCUCUAAAACUGUUUGUGGAUGAUCAAGACAAAAGCAACUACAGCUGUGUGCUGAACAAUCAGAACAGCAGCAUGACUUUAUAUCUCAACAUCCCUCAACACUGUGAGCCAUGCCCAGCCAAUACACAGACAUCGCAGACGGUGAAGACGGGAGAUUCUGUCACUCUACACACUAAUUUAGAAGCCAUACCAGAGGAUGUUUUCAUUAGAUGGUUUUAUGGUCCUAAUGAGGCUCUCAUUGCCGAAGUAAGUAAAGAUCAUAUCAGCAUGUGUGUUCUUGAGGAAUUAAAAGGCAGACUCUUGGUCGACAGUCAAACUGGAGAUCUCACCAUCACAAACACCAGCACAACAGACUCUGGGAUCUUUAAACUACAGAUCAACAAGGAAUUUCGCGAAUGUUGGAGUUUCAACGUUACUGUCAUUGAUCGUCUGCCCGGUCCUCAAAUUUCCAAUCAAUCCAAACACUGUCCAUCUUUAGGCUCAAAAUGUGUGGUGGAGUGUUUUGUGGAGAAUGUGAAAUCUAAGGCAACUCUGUCCUGCUACAAAGAAAACCGUUUAUUGUCCAGCAUAAACAUAACUGAUUUAAACUAUUUAUGUCUGGAAUAUAAGGAUAAAGGCAACUACAGCUGUGUGAUCUCCAAUUCAUUCAUCAGUGAGACUAAGUAUCUCAUCAUCAGUGAAGUCUGUGCAGAAAAAAGCCAUACAUUGGAAAUAAUUUUAGGUGCUCUUGCUCUUUUUGUUCUUGCUCUUGUGAUAUAUUUCUACAUACGUAUACAAAGAAGACAAGAAGGCAAGUAUUACCUACAGCUGAAAUAGGAGCAUUUUGUUGAAAACUAACUUGACAACUAUAUUGACCAUUUUUAUGUUCACAAUAAUUUGUAAUGUUUAGCCUUUUUCUUUUCUAAUUUUAGUUUUGUGAUGUUACACCAUUAAAAAAGUACUAGAUUUCUGUGAGAAAGUACACAAUUGGAUAUGUGGUAAAUAAAAGAAUAUGUAAGCUAUGUAAAUGUAAUAAUAAUCUAUGAAAGCCUGCAGGCGGUCAGUGGAAGAUCUCAUGAACAUUAUGAUGAAUUUGUGUUUAACAGACACUGCGAGUCAAAUUGUGACCUGGCAAAAUUAGACAAGGACAUUGCAGUUUUUAUACUAUACAUUUCCACAAUGAACUCAAUAAAAAAACACUUAAUACAAGUUAAAUUUUUUAAUGGUGCAUUUGAAUUGUCUUUUUUCUUUUUUUUUCAGUGGCAUCCAUGAACUCCCCAGGCAGCAACCCUGCAAGCCCUUUGCUUCACUGAUACCUCUACCAUACGACUGAGCUUAAUUUGAUAGGGAAUAAAUCUAUCAGAAGGAAAAGAUGAGAGAGCAAUCUUUCCACAAGUGACAGCAGCAGUUUACAAACUUUAGUCAGUCACACAGAAGGAAGAAGGGCGCUGGUCAUUCAUCACAUAGGGUCAAACAAGCAGUCAAGGCUUGAUAUGUCUGUAAAGGACAUCAUAUAACAUAUACUGUAUAUUGCCAUGUGUCUAUAUAUAUUAUAGAGAUUCUUAAAUAUAAUGUUUUAUCUUUGUGGACCCUGAAGGUUAUGAAAUGUAUCCAAGAUACUAAUAAAGUUAAAGGAAUGUGUAUUACUGGAAAAUAACAAAUAGAAAUAGUUUUCUAAAUGUUAAAUCAAGAUUUACCAUGGACUGACAGCUCAACCGUAUGGUAGAGUUUUAUAUAAAACAUACAUUUAAAAAUAUAAUUUAUUAUAUGUCUACUUGUAAGAAUUUUAAGUUAAAUAUUUUUUUUCAUUAGCUCCUUUUAGGGGUGAAAGUUAAAAGGUUAAAAGUUCAUCUUAAGCUACAUCACAAGCCAUGUGUUUAUCUUAUUUGUGCUGAAAAUAGUGCAUAGAUAUUUCUCCCAUGUCAUUUAUUAAAGCAAACAUCAGGAUUUAUUAAACCAAAUACAUUUGCAGUUACCUGAAUUCAUAAUCAUUUUACUUGUUUUAUUUUUACUUAAAAAAUUGGAGCACUCAAACAAAAAUUAAUCAUUACAGAUGAUUUAAAAAAAAUGUGUUAUGUUUCCCAAAUCUUUGUUGUAUGAAUCAUGUGUCAAUAAAUUCAAGGCUGUAUAAUUUUUUGUUCUGCUUUGGAAUUUUCUACAAAUAUAGUUUUUACCGGAAUGCUCAUUUGGACACAAUAGCAGUAU